AUCUUCCCCAAUCCCACUGCCGACCACAUCCGCCUUCCCUCUUCUUCACUCCCGCCUGCCGUCGAGUCAGGAGCGCUGCAGCGCGAUUCAGCCAGUCUUGCAUCUCGUCCUUUCUGUUCAUUCCUCGCCCACAACAGCCUGCCUGUCCUCCCAGUCCAUCCCUCCAACAGCACUGAGUGAGCCCGCACCAGGAGUGCACCUCCUCAUUGCAUCAUGGCCUCCGCCACGACGCCCCUCCUGGCCGACGACCGCCGCAAUGUCGACGAUAGCCGCAUGAGCGAUUCAGAAGACGAGGCCCUCCGUGGCCAGUCCGCCGCCACCCACAGCGGUCGCUCUCUCUACCUCCGCCUCCGCGAGGUCCUGCUCUUCGUCUGGGCCCUCCUCGCCACCGCGGGCAUCCUCAUCCUAGCCGUAUGGAUCUCCCACCACCAGCAAACCUCGUUCCAAAAGCCCUCGGGCAAGCGAAACCUCGUCUUCAUGGUCUCCGACGGCAUGGGCCCGGCCUCCCUGUCCCUCACCCGCAGCUUCCGCCAGCAUGUCGAAGGCCUCGAGUACGGCGACACCCUCACCCUCGAUAAGCAUUUCUGGGGCUCCAGCCGCACCCGCAGCUCCUCCUCCCUCGUGACCGACAGCGCGGCCGGCGCCACCGCCUUCGGCUGCGCCAAGAAGAGCUACAACGGCGCCAUCGCCAUGUUGCCCGAUCACACCCCCUGCGGAACUGUGCUCGAAGCCGCGAAGCGCGCUGGUUACAUGACCGGCCUCGUCGUAACCACAGACAUUACCGACGCCACCCCUGCCUGCUUUUCCAGCCACGUCGGCUACCGCCUCGAGGAAAGCUCAAUCGCGCUGCAGCAGAUUGGCAAGGGCGCCCUGAACCGGACGGUCGACCUCAUGUUUGGUGGUGGCCGGUGCCACUUCUUGCCCAGCAGCGACCCAAGGAGCUGCCGCGAAGACGAUGUCGACGUUGUCAAGAUUGCCACGGAGGAGUUUGGCUGGAACUACAUCAGCGACCGCCCGGCUUUUGACGAGUUCUGGGAGGGCCAGAAGGACGUGCCUCUGCCCAUGAUGGGCCUCUUCGCCGACCACGACAUUCCUUUCGAGCUCGACCGCCGAAACAUGAACGACAUCUACCCGAGCUUAAGCGAGAUGGCCAAGACUGCGCUGCGCACGCUGGAGAAGGCCACCGAGGGCAGCGAGAAGGGGUUCUUCCUCAUGAUUGAAGGCAGCAGAAUCGACCACGCCGGCCAUGGCAACGACCCGGCCGCGCAAGUGCGCGAAGUCCUCGAGUACGACAAGACCGUCGCCGCAGUCCUUGAGUUCCUCGACGAGAGCAGCGCCGAGGGCGUCAUGGUCGCCACCAGCGACCACGAGACCGGCGGCCUGUCUGUCGCCAAGCAGCUCCAUGCCGACUACCCGCAGUACCUGUGGUACCCUGCCGUGCUAGCCAACGCCUCCUCGUCCUCUGAAUACCUCGCCAUCAAGCUGCUGCAGCACCUCGCCGACAAUUCCCUGUCCUCCGCUGAGGCGGACAUGGCGUCCCUGUCCGAGGAUGAACUGGCACAUCUGAAGAAGUACAUCAACGACGAGCUCGUCGUCAAGGGCUUGGGCAUCAUCGACGCCACGCCCGAGGAACUCAACACGCUCGUGCUGUACCCGGCCAUCUCGCAGUACAGCUUCGCACAGAUGAUCAGCAACCGCGCGCAGAUUGGCUGGAGCACGCACGGCCACUCGGCCGUCGACGUCAACAUCUACAGCUCCGGUGGGCCGGGCACGGACGCCAUCCGGGGCAACGUCGAGAACACCCAGAUCGGCGAGUUCCUGCAGCAUUACCUGGGCGUGGACACGCAGGAGGUGACGCGGAUACUGAAGGCGGACAAGGAGAGCAAGGCCAAGGUCACGGCAGGGGAGCCGGUACUGCAGAGCGAGAGAGUAGAGGAGGUGGACCACUGGGUCGCGCAUGAGGCGCAGGUUGGGCUUGCCGCCGUUUCGGCUUUGUAAUUGGUUUGUGCUCUCAAGUCAUCUUUGCAUCUAUCUGUUUUUGCAUCUGCCGUUGCAUCUGUCAUUGCAUCUAGCCGGGCCUUGACUUGCUCUGGCCUUGGCCGUCUGCUCUUAAAAUACAUCAUGGCAUUGUUAUUA